AUGGAUAACCGCGGCUCGUUCUUCUUCUUCUUGCUAGUUUUCUACUUUCUCCUCAGUUCACAAUCGCGACCUCCGCUGGUCGAUGAAGGCCGACUGCGUCAACGGGAGCUUGAUCGAGAGCAGCGUGCGAUCCGACUCUUGAACGAGUCACAUUAUGGCGACUUCAAUCCCGUCGCCGAUCAUUGGGUUCCUAUCCCAGGGUUACGAAAGAACGAUACAUAUGCCUGGGACCUUUUCCCCAAGGCCCAAAGCCGUGCUCACGGCUCCAACACAUCAUCCUCGUUGAAUCUGACCAAGCUGUCCCUCCCGGUUUACCGCAAUGCCACUGGUAAAUUACGUGGAGGCUGGGUUCGUCGGUCAGAUGUACAGCGCGCCAUACCUUUGAACAUAACCGCCAUCGCGGAGGAACAUGAAUACUUCACUCAUGAUUUCGGCUUGAACAUAACAGGUAGCGAGGGGACAUUCUAUUUCGAUUUGGAGGAAGGACCUGGGCAAGAAUUACGUAUUGGAGAUGGACUUGCGCGUGAGAUCAGAGCGAGUUGGACGAUAGAGAGUGACGACUUCUGGGGAAGUAUUUGGCGUUCCGAACUAUUCGGCGUCCAUUUUCCAGAGAAUGGCGCGAUUAUCCUAAGCACAUCAAGUGAGAAGUUUGGCGGUAUAUUCUCUUUGCCUCAUCUUGCACUCUCAGCCGACAGUUACGAGUUGUCUCAUCAUCUCCUACUGAAAUCGCUCUCCGAUACAAUGCUCGAAAAGCCAAACCGACCUCCAACCCUAUUACCUUGGGCAUCUUUGGCAGGCACUGAACAAAUGGAAUUUGCUGCGCCAAAAUGCGAACAUGUCAUAUUUCUGCAACAACAUCCCCUCGUCGUUGACGGUCAUUUGGCGGAUCGAAUGACGGUCGAUUGGAUAGAAAGGGAAUUAAGGUACCCGAUGGGAGCACCCAUUCCACACCCACCUCUUAUGACCAUGUCUGCCGUGGUUUUCUCUCCAGAUUGUGGAUACAUUCUCGAAUCCAAGGGGGCCCCCGAAUAUCCACCCUCAGAUGCGCUAUAUCUGUCAGGGCCAAAGAAUGAAGAGUACAGUAAAGCUGCCUCUUGUCUCAUAUUUGUCGUUUGGGGGGUUUUUGUCGCACAGAUCAGUCUCCUGCUACGUCAGAUUAAAGAGGCGUCGACACCUUCCACCCGAAGUCGGGUCAGCUUUUAUACCAUUGCAUUAAUGGCGUUUGGAGAUUCUUUCGUCAUGCUAUUCAUUGUUGCGCAGCUCUUUGAAGCUAUUUCCUACUUGGUUAUUGCGACUGCCUCAUUCUUGGUCUUCCUUUCUGUCAGUUAUAUUGGCAUGAAAUUCAUGAUGGAAAUUUGGGCCGUUCAGGAACCCGAACGGCGUGAAGAACGACCAGUGAAUCCACCGACCCCUGUCACCCGCCCUGGAACGCUUCCCCUCCCCGCAACUUCUCUAGUGCGAGACUCUGGCGCUACACCGAUUAUUUUGCCUCCUGACCAAGAUGCACCCGACGAUGAAAUGGAGCCAGAGCCGGCACCAGCUAACCGAACCGCUCCUGCUACGCCACGACAGGUGCGCGCCGAUGUGGGCGCCAUGUAUGGGCGAUUUUAUUUCGCACUUUUCGGUAUACUUAUUCUAUCGGUUUGGGUCUUCCUCCUUCCCACGCUCAUGGGUGCAAUCUAUUGUCGCCUUUUGUCAACCGUUUACCUGUCAUUCUGGGUUCCCCAAAUUUACCGCAAUGUGAUGCGCAACUGUCGCAAGGCACUCCGGUGGGAAUUUGUUGUUGGUCAGAGCAUUCUCCGACUAAUCCCUUUCCUCUACUUCCUCACGGCUCGUGGGAAUGUGCUAUUCAUCCAAACGGAGUGGACUACCGCAUUUGCGUUGGCUGGAUGGGUGUGGGUCCAAGCCUGGAUAUUGGCCAGCCAGGAUAUAUUGGGCCCGCGCUUCUUUGUCCCACGGGGCUGGGCGCCACCCGCAUAUGAUUAUCACCCCACGUUGCGGGAGAACGCCUGGCCCGAUGAUGACCUUGAGGCAGGUGGCAAUCUCUCGAUCGAAUCUCUCCGAGCCGAUAAACAAGAUGUGGUCGACUCUAAAGAUGAUGACAAGCAAUGGUCUAAAGAUCGGAAGCGAGUGAUGUUUGACUGUGCAAUUUGCAUGCAGGAUAUCGAGGUUCCUAUUCUUCCCGGGCCCACUUCUGCAGGUGGAAGUAGUGUGACUGAUGGGGCUGCGAGCAUUUUGAGUCGUCGCCAAUACAUGGUGACUCCUUGCCGGCAUAUCUUCCACACUGCCUGCCUAGAGAGUUGGAUGAGGCUUCGUCUGCAAUGUCCGAUCUGCCGUGACACCAUCCCCCCCGUGUAA